CCUUCAGUUUCGAACGAACGAAAAUGCGCGCUCUAACACUUACCGCUCUGUUGUGCCUCGUCGCCGCCGGCGCAGCGCAAAGUCACGACUUAUACCUUGGACAUAUCCUCUACCGCGACGUGCCUUUAUACACCAUCAACGAGUACAAAUAUGGAUUCCCCUUGAUCGUCAGAACGAGCAUUAUCGAGUACCCUGAGGCAGGCAUCAAGAACUUCGCGUACAUAACUGCGAUUGUCGUUAAAGACCAUUAUACUGAUGGCAAUGGUGGGUUCCCUGCGGUGGUAGCGGGCGGUGUUGGACAGAGGUUCGCCAAGAUCAAACUGAAGAGUCAAAGAAGCCACGGUUUUAACUUUACGGUGACGAUCUUCGGUAGAUACUGACUAGAUGCCAAAAUGUAAGAAUCCCGAACAAUGAAGAUAUGGUGUUUUAUAGUCAAUUGUUUAAAAUAGUCAAGUUAUAAAAUAUUGUGGUCUUAUAAGAGUCUAUUUUGUAUCUAGAUAUCAAGUUGUUAAUUUAAAAGCAUUGUUUUUGUUUAAAAGCCAUGGUUAAUGGCCUUAUAAGUGUAAUGUUAAUUAUUGUAUGUACAUGUGAACGUGCCAAAAAUAUUUCUUAAGAUAUAUUUUGUUAUGUUAUAAUAAACAUUACUAACAGA